GUGCCUGAGGCGGCGCCGCGCCCGCGCCCUCCGGCCCCGAGGUCUGCGCAUGGCGCCUGUUUUUUCACGGCCCCCCAGGAUUACAUAAACGCCCGCCGGGCAGCAGCUGCAGGAUUACACGGGGCGGAUUAGAGAGCGCCUUGAUUCAGCAGAUUGUCCUGGGCAUGUCCGGGAAAGAUUACACCAGCAGAGUUCAGAAUACCCGAUUGCUGGGGUAAUUUCUCUCACACGAGCUCAAGGCAGAAUCUUAAUCUCAAAACUACAAAUACGUAGCGUGUCUACGAAUAGAGACAUUUGACGGACUUGCAGGAACCUCAACUAAAACGUAGUUUUGCCAGCUUCUAAGAUUUUCUUGUAUGGACAGGACACAGAGAACUAGAGAAGCCAUUUAAGGUCCCAUGGAAAACAGAACAGUCUGCUUAUACAGUGCUGUUUUAGAAGAAUAGCCUCUGACACCAAGAAUAAAAGUUGUUGUCAGAAUAAUAUGCGAACAGAUCAUGAAGAACUCUGUGGCACUAGUUAUGGAUCUUUUUGUCUAAAUGGAGGGAUUUGUUAUAUGAUUCCUACUGUAUCCAGUCCAUUCUGCAGGUGUAUUGAGAAUUACACAGGAGCCCGUUGUGAGGAGGUUUUGCUGCCCAGCAUCAAAUCACAAACAAAAGGUGACCUGUUUGCAGUUUUCUUGGCUUCAGUUGUUCUUCUAGGAGUUCUUGCAAUUGGAACAUUCUACUUCCUUUGCAGGAAAGCUUCCAUUCCACGGAGGAGUUCAUCAGAGUGCAGUGCCAACUUGGUUGAGACUACAAGCAACUAUGGCUGCAACAAAAUAAUUAUAGAAUAAAGCAAUAAAGCGGAGGAAUGAUGGGAGAACAACAUGCAGAGCAACCAUAAUUAUAUAACUGGUAUAGAGGAGGGUAUGGUAAGCAUGAUGAGAGAAGAAAGUAAACUAAAAUAGGAGGCUUACUGAUGUGCUGGAGAAGACUGCAACUAAAACAAAAGGAAAACAGUUGCAUUUGUUAGAGUUUCUUUGAAUUUUUAAAGGCCUAUCAAAUUAUACAGAAAUCACUAUAACAUCUGUUUGAAUUUUGUGAGAUUUUCCAUGAAAAGUGUAUCUCAUACUAUUUGUAAAGAAGUAAUCACAUCUGAUCUUUUAUUUCUUUUUCAACAAUGCACAGAUAGAAAUGAGAGAUAAUUUUGUUUUUUUAUUGCAUGGGAAAUAUGAAAUGAUCGUCUUUUUUCAUUGCAUAGGGAAUACGAGAUAAUCAAAGGGUUUUUCCCAAUGUAAGUAACAUGAGAUAAUGAUAAGAAUUGAGAUAAUGAUAAGAAUUUCUCAUAGGAUCACCCUGGAAGAGUUGAGACUGCCUUGAUUCAUUGUUUUCAAAAUUUAUCCUUGGUAUAAAUUUCCAUGAUCUGGAUUGUUUCAGAUACACUUACCAAAUGUAGAGGGAAAAAAAGUACCUCUCUGCAGCUAAUAUUGCGCUUUUUUUUAUUUUUUUUUUAAUAGUAAGACAACAUGAGGGUGAGGUACUACUGUUAGUUACUGGCCAGCUUCCUGGCUGAAGAUUUUAAUUGGAAUUAAAAGAAAAUGUUAAGAUGAGAGGCUUAUAAUGGUUAAAAGAGAUUUACAAGGCAGAGUAUUUACUCGUUGUUUGGCACAUGUCCCUAAUAUUAAGCAAGGCACAUUCCUUGAUGGUUUUAUUUUUGCCUUGCCAAUAUCUUCUGAAAAUAUUAUUACUCAGAGAGAUUUAAACCUUCCCUUAAAUUUUACAGUCGAUAGUUCAGAUCAUGGAAGUAUGGAAACUUAUUCACCAGGUCCAUUCCUGAAACAAAAUAUAAUUCAGCCAGAUGUCUUGGCUGGACAAGUGAUGCCCUCUCUGAAGAUUCAUUUGUUUUAUUUACAUAAACUUUUGCUGAUCACAUUAAUAUAUUAUAUAUUACUGUCUGCAUCCUUACAGGAUUCUCUCAGGCAGGAGAGGUGAAAUGACAUGGUCUGUCUCUCUUUCUGUCUUGAUGACACAAAGAAACUGGCUGGUAGUCAGACGCAGAGAAAAUAUGAACUGAACUUCUUUUUUUUUUUUUGAAUACAUUUCUAGUGCUGGAGGUUGAAACUAGCAAAAAGCAGAUAUGUUUCCAUAAUGGCAUAUAACCUGCCAGCUCACUGUAUGGGAUUUAUAAGGUUGUAUUGAAGACAAGGUUAAUGGAGAAAAUUUCAGGAAUUUAAAGGAGGAAAAAUACAGAUUUCUUAUUUCUGAAAGAAAAAAAAAUGAGUUAUAUACACACACAGGUGCGAAGAAAAAUUCGAGUAAGCUUGUAUUCCUGGGGUGCCUACUGCAUGCUCGAAUGCUAGGAAAAAUAGUGUGUAUUUUAAGUCAAUGUAGACAAGUGCACAGUAAGACGGAGAAGAAAGGACAUACUGUUACAGCACAUAAGCUAAGAAGUGAAAGAGAAAAUCAUACAGGAAUAGAUGCUACAAAACAAAACAGAGAAAUUCAUUACUUUCUGAGGACUCAUGCCAGAGAAGCUGGAGCCCAAGUGAAAGCUGAACAUCUGCAGAGAGACUCUGAGGACAUCAAAUCAAUCCCACUCGCAGAGGGAGGACUUGAUUCAUACCAGAUCUUGAUUAAGUUCGGCAAAGUUUUGAAAGACCACUUUUGCCCCAAAUUAACUGAACUUACAUGUUAUUUUCUAAACUUCAGACCUUUAACAGAUACUCUGAAGGAAACUGAUAAUAUUGUUUUAAAGGCUAGGAAAUAUAAAAGGGAUUUUUUUCAUCACAUAGGGACAUGCCACUGUUAAAUAUAGAGCUUAGGAGAUGUGCAGUGGUAUUGACAGCUACAUUAGAAUCAGUGUUCCUAAAAUACUGUGCAUAGCCUCAGUGACAAAUAGUCAGGAAGACUGCUGUUAGAUAACUUCCAUAUGUUAUUGAGCGUGGGCCAUUCAGACUUAAUAAUGGUAAAGUCUGGAACAUUACUUUCACUGAAGAAAGAAAAGGCUUGUAGUCAUCUUAAAGGAAAAUUUAGGAAGGAAAUCUUAAUAGAAGUUGCAAGAAAUAAAUGGACUGAAGUCAUGCUCCAUAAACUCUUAAAACCCUCUCAGCUUUCCCAACAGACGUGGAAUAGUUAUUUACUGCUACCAAUCUUGUUUGCAUUAUCCCGGAAAGAAUUUGUACAAAAAAACAGACUGAUUAAACCAAACCAUGAUUUAAAUGAAAACAAGUCAAUUUAUGAAACAAUCCUAUCUUUGAACGAAAUCCUAUUAAAGAUUCCAAUUCCUUCAAAUCCAUUGCAUUUGUGAACAUUUCAAUUUCUAAAAUUAUUCAAAUUCACAAGCCCUGUGAAUUUGUCUUUCAGGUCAAAAUGAGAGUAAGCUACAAAUUCAUUUUAAGUUGGCCAAAUGCCACAGAAAGUACAGGAUAGCCAACACUGAAGCUAAUGUAAUAAAAUUAUACAAAGCUACCUAGCAAUGCUUGUUUACAAAAUUAAGCAAGUAGUUCUGUGAGCAAUAAUUCUAGGGGAACAUGGUUUCCUCAUGGAUCAGAUCUUGUGGUUGGAGUCUGAAAACAUGUUAUGCAGAUAUGCAGAGACACUAAAAAGGUCUCUCUUUCCUUGACUCCUCUUUUCAUGAAACAUAUGAGAUCUUCAUCUUUGAAAUUAUCCCUCCACCAGUUGAAAAGAUGGAAGUGAAUGGUCAAAUGGACAUAUACUGUGAGAUUGUAUGCACCUAAUUAAUUAGCAACCUCCAUUAAUAUGACUAAACAAUUCAUUAUAGUGUUAGGGCAAAAAAAUUUAUAUCUGAGGGUCAUGUUUUCCUUGCAGAAUCUCACGGUAAAGGUUUCUUCUUAAUGUGUUAGAAAAACUUUUAGAUUGGUCACAAAACAAAAGAGGAAAACUCUUUAUAGACCAAAAUCAGAGGUUGCUUAUAUAUUGUCAGUAUAUAAUUUUUUGUCAUUAGUGGUGCAAGUGAACAUUAGGGGCAAAGUACAAUGAAAGGAGAAAUAGCUGUUGAAGGAAAACAAGAGGAUGUUUUUGUGCUACAUAUUCUUUUGAUUUAUGUCAUUAAAUGUUAAGGGGGAAGACCAAAGGGAAGUCUGCUUGGUAGCACUUACUGUUCUAAAGGUGCCUUCAGUGCUGUGCUGCCCUUUCUGAAUUUGCUGCACUGAAACGCAUUUUUUUUCCUUCUUAUGGUCCAUCAUUUAUAAAGAGCAGCAGAGGGGCUUUAAUAGCGUAACUCAUUUAUUUACCAAUGAAAAGCAGAGAAACAAAGGAGGAGAGAAAUGUUACCCCCAUGGAAACAUUGUGCCUGUGUCAUUACUUUCUGCUGGAAGGGCGUUCUUAUGGUAGGAGCUACCAGAACCGAUCACAGUCCGGGCAGACAGGGAAAGCAGUGAGCGUACCUAAAAGGACAAAAACUCCUGUCAUGUUCUUAGCAAAUCUGCAUCAGGAGGGAUGUACCCAGGAGACGCAGCUGCAUAGCGAGAGCCUCUGCCAGGGCUGGCUACCGAAGUACAGGGGCCACCCAGCUCUUCUGCAUUAAAAACUGACAGACAGCCCCAAAACAAAAUCACGUUCAAUGGUAUUUGGCAGCCUUCAGAUUUAAAAGACAUGAGGCUAUUUCAGAUACAAACUGGAAAGACCGUGGAUUAAUUUGGGUGAGAGUUUUCACCUGCACUGGGACCAUAUUCAAAUGUAGGGAUAUUAGUAAAAACAUAUCUGUCCCAUGGGGGAAAAAAAUCCCACAAAACUAAAUUGUGUCGUGAUUCUCUAGCUGUGUUAUUUAGAUGACCAGGAUGCACGUUCAUCAAAUUCCUCCCGGAUCUAAUACCUUUUAUUGACACCUCUAUAUUUAAUUGCAGAGCUAGAGCAUUGCUAGCUAGAGCCAGAGCUAGAACAUUCCUGUACCUCAGAUAUUGAAUAAUCAAAAGAAUUUAGACACAAAUUUUGUGGGAAUUUUUUGUUAAGAUUCAUGAAAGGAUUUUCAAUCCUUUCAAUCAAGCAAGUUGGGUGGUUUUUUUUCAAGCUAGUUCUGCAAUAUGUCUUACAUUUUGAAACAAUGGAUGCCAAAAAGAUGGUGGAAAAAAAACUGUUCUUUGAUACUGCAUGUAACAUUAUAUCCAAAGCAUGUGUGUUCUUGCUUUUCUUGUGAUUGUAACCUGUUAACACAGUCUAUAUUUAAUGUAAAAGAGAGCAGUUUUUCAAUAGCAAAGUACCAAGUACAAAUGCAAAUAUUUAAUAUUAGGAAGUUUGCAGCUUUGUUCCAUGUUUGGGACUUCAAAAAGCCUUUCAGCCAGAAUUACUUCUAUAGCUAUCUAAGGAUGUGUAAGUAGAACUUGCAAAUGUGGAACCUGAAAUAACAUCAAGAUAUUGCUGGUUUCAUCCCCAAAAUUAAAACGAGGAAUGAUUUCUAACACUUUCAAGUGCACCUCUGCGUCCGUUUGUGUAGCAUUUGAACUCUUUCUCAGUGCACCUACAAACAGGCUGUUCGCAAGUUAUCCCCUCAGUAGAAGUAUUGGUAUUUUGACCACUAGUUUUGUAUAUGCAAAUGAGGGGAUUUAAAAAUGUAGUUGAGCAUCCAGUGAUGGAAUUUUUAAUAGGGCUCCAUUGUGGAAAUCUAUGUUGUACUCACUCUUCUCUUCUUUCUCCGACACAGCAUCCCCUGCUCUGACCACUUUAAAGUAUUCUGCCAUUUUCACCGGUUUGGAGAUUCUUGCAGAGUUCCUGGUUUUAGGGGGGAGGAGGAGAGGAGAUCAGUGUUGUCUCUCACCGUUGCAACAUGGACAGCUGAGCUAAGACAAGCUUAAUUUAAAAAAGCUGUUUCUAACUCUUACAGUUGUGAAAAAUUAUCUUGAAAAGGUGACAUGAGUGCCACUGAUUCAGUGGUGUGAAACAUUUAUUUUGAGACAUUUGUGCUACCUGCUAACUUCAGCAAGGCUCUAGCUGUGAAAUGCAAUAACAGCAGUAUAUAAAUUGUUUUUUAAAAGUUCAAAUGAUUUAGGAGCACAAAUCCGGUCAAUCUGGGAAUGAAAUUUGUGCUCCUGUUAUCAAAGCCCCUCUAAAAUCCCUUUUUGAUCAGCUGUUUCUCUACUAACAGCUCUAACAUAAAAAUCCAGCUAAUAUCAUUUCCAAAUGAUCCAAACCUCCCUUAUGCCUUUCCUCUGAAACCAAAAGCUUUCUUACAGUUUUUCACUGUGGUUAGGUGUGAGUUUAGACAAGUAUCCUACAUUGCUAUGAAUGCAGACAGGCAUGAAAUAGCGCCGUCAGCACAACGGGUCGUGCAUCUGCUUGGCCAAAGCCUGGGAGCGGGAGCGGGUGCGAGGGGCCCGCUAGCUCACGAGGUGACGGGACCGGGGAGCCGCGGCAGCCGGGCGCUCGAGGCCGCGCUGGCGCCAGCACCUGCCUCUGGCGCAGGCAGGGGCUCAUGAACAGGAACUAGCCAGAACUCGGGCAUAAACUUUCAAGAAAUCUUGAGAAUCACAGUCUAAUGUUUACCGGCCCUGUGCAAAAAACACAGCUACUAUGAAAAGUAUUUUAGGGAUCCACCACAAGCUCAGACAGCAAAAUAAACGACCAAACCAAAGCCCCCAAGUUGCUGUUUUCUAGCAGAAUAGCCAGUAAAAAUAAACCUGUCCUACCUAUAAUCAUGAAAAAUAAUGACAUGUUGGGGGGAAAUAAUUACUUUCUUAAUGUUUGCAGAGAGCUCAGAGACUGUAAAAGACAUUUAUCAAAGAACAUUUAUAUUUACAUAUUUACUAUCAUUAUAACUUCUCAAAAUAAACCAUGCAAACUUCUAGACUUUA